AUGUCAUUCUUCAGGAGGAGUAAAUCCUCUGCCUCUGGAGCGCCACCGGUUGCCGCAAAAAAGAAGGAGGAGGCGGUAGUUCCUUUCACACCAAUACAAGAACUCGUCCGAGAUGCGCCUCAAAGGGUAGACGGAAGCGAUAAAUUUUGGGGUUAUGAGAACUUUGGAAAUACAUGGUAUGGUUUAAUCUCCUAG